AUUUAAAAUGCUGUUUUGUAAGUAGUUUUGUGGUAAAGGAUGGGGAUUCAUCCUGUGAAUAUUUAUUGAGAGUCACUGUGUGCCAGACUCAGUGGUAGGUACUGAGUCUAAAGUGGUCCCCACCCUCAAAGAUCUGACAAGCUAGGGAAGGAAACAACUGCUUACAAGGAGAAUUUAAUAUGAUCUGGUAGGUACAGUGGUAGAGGGAUACACAGGUUAUUACAGGAACACAAAGAUAGGCACUUUAACCCAGCCUAGGAGACUGGGGGCUUCCAUCAGUGAUUAGUGGAGGAGGUGACUUGGUACUAAGUUAAAUGUUAAAGAAUAAGUAGUUCAAUCAGGCAGAAAGAUUAGGAUUGAUCUGACUGUGGGAAGAACAUCCCAAAUAGAGGGAAGAGCAUGAGCAUAGGGUGUGGGGAUAAGAAAUUACACGCAUCAUGUGUGGUCAAAAGACGUAGUUUAGUAUCAUUUGAAUAUAAAACAUGAGGCAGAGAGUGAUGUAAGGUUAAGGGGGCAGGCUGGGAAUGGAAGCCUCUUCAUGGGAACCUUGUGCCCUGUGUUAAGGGCUUGACUUAUCCUAAAGGUAGGGGCUUGGAAGCUUCUGGUAGGGGAGCAAAAUGAUCAUAUUUGUCUUUUAGAUAGGUGGUUCUGGGGUCUGUGUUGGGGUGGAUUUGAUGGAGAUGAGAAUGCAGGGAGGGAAACGACUUAGGAGGGUCCCGCACAAGUUACAGUGAGACAACCUGACAUGGCUGGAACAGAUGACUGAGGGGUACAGAGGAGUGGCCUGAGCCCAGAAAUAUUCAGGCAGGAAAUCAACAAGAGUGGUGAUUAAGUGGACAUGGGAACUGAGGGAGAAGGGGGAGUUGAAAAUAACUCAGUUUCUAGCAUAGGUGGCUGAGAAAGCAUGCUACCACAGAGGAGUAGUUUGGGGAGUACAGUGUGACGCAAGGUGUUGUCUAAAUUCGUGAGGGAUAAGAAUGGGAAACAGCACAGAACUGGUUCCUAUGAGGUGGAGGUCAGAUACACUUCUGCCCUCCAACUCCUUCACCAUUUCUGACACUAGCUCUUCCCCACACAGCACUCUCUGUACAAUAGUCACCCCUUAUCCGUGGUUUCGCUUUCCGUGGUUUCAGUUACUCACGGUCAACCAUGGUCUGAAAAUGUUAAAUGAGCAGUGUGAUGAAAUCUCACACUGUCCCACUCCGUCAUUCACAUAACUUUAAUUACAGUAUAUUGUUAUAAUUGUUCUAUUUUAUUAUUAUUGUUGUUAAUCUCUUACAGUGUCUAAUUUAUAAAUUAAACUUUAUAAAAAAAUAAAGUUGCCAUUUUGUUGAUUCCAACUCACAGCGACCCUAUAGGAUAGAGUAGAACUGCCCCAUAGGGUUUCCAAGGAGCAGCUGGUGGAUUUGAACUGCCGACCUUUUGAUUAGUAGCCUAGCUCUUAACCACUGUGCCACCAGGGCUCCAGGCUUUAUCGUAGAUACAUACGUAUAGGACAAAACAUGGUAUAUAUAGGGUUUGGUACUAUCUGCAGUUUCAGGCAUCCACUCGGGUCUUGGAACAUAUCCCCUGUGGAUAAGGGGGGACUACUGUAUACUUCUUGGCUAGGUUCGGUAAUUUGUUGUAACAGCUACACGGAACUCACAGACCAUACAGUUAUGUGGCUUAUUAGGGAAAUAGCGGACUACAACUCAGGGUCAGGAUCAACUUGGAAGUAACAAGAAUAGCUCAGGAGACAGGAGGUAAAUUCGUCAGGACAGCUUUCUCACAGGAUAGUCCUUGGAGCAAAAAUGUUCCCUGCCAAUACAGAUUAAGACCUCUGACCUCGGACAUUUCUCUGCCAACCGUGGGACCUUGCUUCUGUCGACUUCUCUGCAGCUAACUGGCCCAGCUCUUAGCCAGUGUAUCAGCUUUAGACUGUUCAGCUCUUAGCUGGCAGCUCUUUCAGCUGCAGCUGUUUUUUCUUUUUUUACUAGACCUGGGAGUGGCUUCCAUGUCCCAUGCUCCCCUCCAGACUCCUGUCAACCAGGAGGCCUUGAAAACCUCUGUGUUUGAACCUUUCAUAUAUACCAGGCCACAUGAGUUGUAAAUUGGGGCCUCCCUCACCAGACCAGAGUUGAACCAAUCAUCAGUUACCCACGAGAUGUCAGUCAACUCAGGUCUUGUGCAAAAGUAACAUUUUCUGUCAGCAGACACACUGGGUGCUCCCCUGGGCAAAAGUAACAAACCCUCUGGGGUAGAAAGCAACCUUGAAGGUCCCGCAAGUUGCUUCUCCAAAGAACUAGGGCAAAGGCAACAACUAACUCCUCGGCUUAGGGGAAAAAUAUUCUCUCAAGCUGUUUUUCCAAAGAAUCAGGGUAAAAGCCCACAUAAAAGAACUCAUUGCACCAUAGGGGACAGCAAGGUGAUGAAUUCAGUUUCCAUUUUAUUGAGAUACAACUCACAUCCAUAGAAUUCAGUAUUUUUUUAGUAUAUUCAUCAGGUUUCACAGCCAUCACCACAAUCUAAUUUCAGAACAUUUUUUGGACAUACUUAUUUUUUUUUUAAUUUUAUUAUGGAUAAUUUCUAACAUACAGAAAUAGAAUCAGUAAGAAAUAUCCAAACUGAACAUAGUGAUUGGGAUCAUCCCUGGUAGAGAUGUGCAGCUGACAUGAGGAUCUAUGAUUCUGAGUCUUAGGUAAGUCAUCUGGCCUAGAGAUAGAUUUGGGAGCCAUUACCAUGUGGUUCACAGCUGAUAUGGUAGCAUGCAGGGGCCAAAGAAAAAGCCUGUACAUUUAAAAGGUUUGGAAUAGUUGAUGUACAUUAAAAAUGUACCUACUAGGAGGGCAGGGUGGAGAGUGGAGGUUCAUGACAGAAGAGAGGUGGUAUGGAGUAGUAAAAAUUAUUUAUUGAGUUCCUGCCAAAUCACUGAUACUACUAAUCAUUGGGGUGGAGACAGUGGAGGGGGGAUUGUUGAUGAAAGCAGAGCUUUCCAUUCUUGGCUGAAGAGCUUCCAGUCUGGUUGGGAAAGAAAAGAUACACCUAUCUCAAUUGGCUAGAAAGUCAUUUAUUAAAGGUAUGUUGGUGUCUUAGAGCCCUGGUUGAGCAAUGGUUAAAUGCUCAGCUAAUAACCAAAAGGUUGGGAGUUUGAAUCCACCAACUGCUCCUUGAAAACCCUAUGGGGCAGUCCCACUCUGUUCUGUAGGUCACUAUCAGUUGGAAUUGACUUGAUGGCAGUGGGUUUGGUUUUUGGUUUGGUUGAUGUCUUAGUUAUGUAGUGCUGCUAUAACAAAUACCACAAGUGGAUGGCUUUAACAAACAAAUUUAUUUUCUAACAUUUUAGGAGGCUAGAAGUACAAAUUUAGGGUGCAGGCUCCAGGGGAGGGCUUUCUGUCUCUGUCAGCUCUGGAGGAAGGCCCUUGUCUCUUCUGAGCUUUUGCUCAUGGGCAGUUUUCAUGUGGCUUGGCAUCUUUCUUCCCCCAUCUCUGCUGCUUGUUUAAUUUCUUUAUAUCUUAAAAGAAAUUGGCUCAAGAUACACAUUAUACUAAUCCUGCCUCAUUAACAUAACAAAGACAGUCCAGUCCCAAACGGGAUUAUAAACAACAGGCAUACAGGUUAGGAUUUACAGCACAUAUUUUUGGGGGACAUAAUUCAAUCCAUAAAUCCCACCCUUUGGCCCCCCAAAACUCAUGUCCUUGUUACAUGCAAAACACUUCAUCCCAUCACAUCAUCUCAAAAAUCUUAAAUCAACUCCAAGUCCAAAAUCUCGUCUUCUGAAUCAUCUAAAUCAAAUACGGGUGAAACUUUAGGCAUAUUUUGUCUGGGGACAAAAUUCCUCUUCAUCUGAAAACCUGUGAAAUCUAAACUACAAGUUAUCUAUUUCCAAAGGACAAUGGUGAAAUAGGUACAAGGUAGACAUUUCCAUUACAAAUGGGAGAACUUGGAGGGAAAGAAGAGGUAACAUGCAUAAAGCAAGUCCAAAGCCCAGCAGAACAAUUUACAUUAGCUCUCAAGUCUUGACAAUAAUCCUCUGUUCUCUGAGACUGUCUAGGCAAUGGCUCUGCCUUUUAGACUCUGGGUGUUGGCCACACCCCCUGGAUUCUGGGUGAAGGCCCCUCGGCCCUGGGCUUCAGCUCCGCCGUCCAGGUACUCUGGGAUGGCAACUCUGCUCCCUUGGCUUUAGGUGGCCCCGUUCUCCUAGUCCAUCUGAGUGGUGACCCUGCCCCCUUGGCCCUGGCAGGCCCCAUUCUUCUGCCCUUUGGACAUGGCAGCCCCACAUCCUCAGCUUUGAGUGGUGGCUCCAUCCCCCUGACACACCUCAACAGCAGCCGUACGCUCUGGAUCCAAGUCAUUGAAACCUAUGCAGCUGUGGCCCUACCCUUUGAGAUCCAGGAAACUAUAGCCCCACCCUUUGAAACCAGCAAAGCCCUGCUUCCCGUGCUCCUUCCAACAGUUCUGCUGAUCUGCGAGCUACUCCAGGAAUGGACCUUUUCUUUUCUUGGAGGACAACAGAUGAAGCUCCUUUGGCGUGUUUCCUGCCUCUAGAAUUCCAAGAGGCAGACAGCAUUCUUUCCUUUCGUUCUUUCUCUGUCCCCUUCAUCCUAAGCUGUUGGGUUUUCUGUUGUGGUAGUUUUUUAGAUCCAUCAGUCACAGGCUUAAUCUCUUUAACAAAAGAUUGUGUAGCUAUGUCCUUGGUGAACAUUCUAGGACACAUGUCCUUAGUCUGUACAACAGAAUUUUCCAAAUCUUUUAAGUUCUGUUUUUAUUUUUCACAGUUCAUUUUUAAGUCUAUCUCUUUCCUUUUCCAUUUCACUGUAAGCGGCAAGGAGCCAACAGAGAAAGGAGGAAACCAUGCAGCUCCUUUAAGAUCUUGUUCAGAAUUCUCCUCAGCCAGAUAUCCAAGUUCAUCAUUUAUAAGUUCUACCUUCCAGUAAACAUUUGAGUAUAAUUCAGACAAGUUCUUUGCCACCGAAUGAAAAGCGUCACCCUUCCUCCAUUGUCCAAUCCCAUGUUCAUCAUUUUCUUUUAAAGCCUCACCAGAAGCACAUUUCACAUCCACAUUUCUACAGACAUUCUGUUGCUGGUGCCAUAUGUAUUCUCUUCAGAUGAUGGAGACUUUCUUUGUGCUUUCCUCAUUUCCUUCUGAGCCCUCACCAGAAUUAACAUCCAUAAUUCUACCAACAGUCUCUUCAGGGCAACCUAGGCUUUUACUGUUAGGUACCUUAAAACUCUUCCAGCCUCUACCCAUUACUGAAUUCCAAAACUGCUUCCACAUUUUAGACAUCUGUUAGAGCAGCACCCCACUCUUUCUGGUACCAAAUUCUGUCUUAGUUAUCUAGUGCCACUAUUAACAGAAAUACUACAUAUGGGUAGCUUUAACAAACUGAAGGUUAUUUUCUCACAGUUGAGGAGGCUAGAGUCUGAAUUCAGGGUGCUGGCUCUAGGGAGGCUUUUCCUGUUGGCUCUGGAGGAAGGUCCUUGUUUCUUUUACCUUCUGCUCCUAGGCAGUCUUCUUGUGGCUUGGCAUUUCUCAUCCUCCAUCUCUGCUGCUUGUUUAUAUCUCAAAACAGAUUGAUACAAAUACACCCUACAGGAAUCCUGCUUCAUUAACAUAACAGGACAACCCAUUCCCAAUUGGGAUUAUAGCCACAGGCAUAGAGGUUAGGGUUUACAACAUAUAUUUUUGGAGGACAUAGCAGUUGGAAAGUCUAUAUUGCUUCCAGGAAGAGUCAAAUAAAAGUUUGACUUAUUUAGGGUUAAUUAAGCAAGAUAGCCUUGAGCUGGUCCUUGAAGAAAAUGUAAUGGACCCUUGGCAAGCAUCAACCCCUUUUGGGGGGAGGUCAGCGUAGUACAGGAAAUCCUGUGUCUUAUGUGUCAAUAAGACAGGCUAAAACAGAAAUGACACUGGAUCCCCAUAAAGGCAGGAUUCCAUCUCUCAUCCCUCCUGUCUCUUCAAAUACAGCUCCAGUCUCUUAUUCUUGGACCUGUUCUCAAUUUGCUCCUUCCUCUCAGGCAUAGCACCACUUUUUUCUCCACUCAGACAACAUACUCACAUUUCUUCCACCUGUAAACUUUCCAUCUACUCUGCCUCCCCCGCAGGCCUCCACCCUCUCUCCUGUUUCACAAUCCUCCUAUGUGAGAUAAAAGUUGUCUACAUUUGCUACUCUCCCCUCCUGUGUGUUGGCUUCUGUCUCCUUCACAGAAACCGUUUUCCUGAGGUCCUCAGUAAUAUCCUGUCAGAUUCAGGAAAUACCUCUGUGUCCUAUUCUGUGCCAGACGGGCUAAGGCCAGCUUCUUCUGGCCCUCAUUGCCUCCUGUGGGUUCAUUAAUUCUCUAGAACAGUUCACAGAAAUGUAUGGAGACUGCCUAUACUUACAGGAGCCCUGAUGUAAUGGUUAAGCGCUUGGCUGCUGAGAGAUCAAUGGUUUGAACCCAUCAGAGGCUCUUCAGGAUAAAAGACCUAGCAGUCUGCUCCGGUAAAAACUGCAGCCUACAAAACCCUAUGGGGCAGUUCUGUUCUGUCCUAUAGGGCAGCCACGAGUUGGAAUCAACUCAACAGCAAUAACCACUGUUGUAAGGUAAAAACAUCACAAAGAUUAGUAAAGUAAAAAGAAAGUUUUAUCCUGCAUAUGUUCAAAGAGGCAAAACCAGGAAACGAACAAGCAUGCUGCUAGGGCCAUGUCUGCCCAAAUCCGAGAAAUAUUACAGAACAGACAAAAGUGGGAAAACAGACAAGCAUGCUGCUACAGCCAUGUCUGCCCAAGUCCAGGGAAAUAUUACAGAAUAGGCAAAAAUGAGAAAACGGACAAGCAUGCUACUAGAGCCAUGUCUGCACCAGCCUGAGGAAUGUUAUGGAGUCAUCAGUAUAUAUUGACAUUACAAAUGGGCAAAACCAUUGAAAACUUCACCUUUUCACAGAUUGGCUAGAAACUGUGGUCCUACAUUUCAAACUGUCUUAACAAUCAUUGGUACAGGUUUCAGUAACAACAGCCAGGAGGGUCUUCAUUGGUCCAACAAAUUUUCUAUUCACUAAAUGCUAAUAGAAAAAGAUAAAGAGUGGAAAGUCUUGUGUAUUCUGUUUAUUAGCUAAUGUGACCUGUUGCUGCUCUGAUGCUAACCACCACCAGUUAAGGUGCUUGCUGAGGGCAAAGGGAAUACGGAGUGGGUGGUAGAAGAAGGUAGUUCUGAAUACCAGUUACAUCCUAUAUGACCAGUUACAGAAACAAGGACUGUGAUUGUUACGAAUAUUUCUGCAUCAAAUAUUUUUGCUUUCUUCACUUAUGAAAUAUAAGAUGUAAACGGGGCUAGUGUAUUUUUGGUUGUAUGGGUCUUAGUUGUAUCAUGUUAGGUGCAAGUAUGACUUUGUAGUUGUCUUUAUUCAGAGAUUAUAUAUGGUUUGGGGAGAUGUGUAUAGGUGUCAAGUUGACAAGGGGUGGACUGUGAUGGUUAAGAUUGUAUGUCAUCUUGGCUGGGCCAUGAUUCUCAGUGUUUGUAUGUGAUCACCUCCAUGAUGGGAUCUGCUGUGAGUAGGAGUUGAAAGGGAGUUUCCUUGGGCAUGUGGUCUGCAUCCAUAUAUAAGUGGACGUUCUGGCUUUUGCCGUCUCUGGAUCAUGCAGCUGCCUCCUGUUCUUCUGACCUCUGGUUCUUAGGACUUGAGCUAGCAGCUUACCUGCUGAUCUUGGAAUUCGUAGAUCUUCACAGCCUGUGAGCAAGAGCCCUGCUUUCCAACCUGCCGAUCUUGGGUUCGCUAGCCCCGCAAAUACAUGCAUCAGGAGAAGCCCCUAUACUGAUCCACGGACUUUGGACAUUCCAGGCUCUAAAAUCUCGUGAGCCGUUUCCUUGAUACAAAUCUCUCUCUCUAUAUAUUUAUACGCUUUACUGAUUUAGCUUCUGUAGAGAACCCAGCCUAAGAUGUCUGAUACCAGGAGUGGGGUUGAGUCAGAAUCUACUCCACGGCAACAGGUCACAUAAGCUAAUAAACAGAACACAAAAGACUUUCCACUCUUACAUUUUUCUGUUAGCAUUUAGUAAAUAGAAAAUUUGUUGGACCAAUGAAGACCCUCCUGACUGUGGUUACUGAAACACAAUUCAAAAUGUAGCAUCACAGUUUCUAGCCAAUCUGUGAAAAGGUGAAGCUUUCAAUUAUUUUGCCCUUUUGUAAUGUCCAUAUUCACUGAUGACUCUGUAACGUUCCUCAGACUCGGGCAGACAAGCGUGCUUGUCCAUUUUCCCAUUCUGUAAUAUUUCCAUGGACUUGGGCAGACAUGGCUGUAGCAGCAUGCUUUUCUGUUUUCCCACUUUCAUCCAUUCUGUAAAAUUCCUUGGAUUUGGGCAGACAUGGUUCUGGCAGCAUGCUUGUUCAAAAGGUUCCCUAAAAUAUAUUUUCCAAGAUUGUCCUAGCUAUUGUGUUUAUAUCUCAGGGCCCAGUUGAUGUGUCCUUGUGCUUCCAGCUCCAGCAGGAUCACAUUCUCUAUGCUCGAGGACAGGGAAUAAUGACUCCAAUAUUAUUUCCUAAAUUACCACUUAUACUUACAGUUACCUAUUAUAACCAGAAAGGAUACAGAGCGAUGUACCAGGUGAAGUUCCACAUAAGGCUUCCAUUGUCCCCAAGGACAUGCCACCCUCUGCCAUGCAUGGAUGUUUUCACCAGUCCAGAAAACCCAACUAUCUCCAUGUUAAGGGCCUUUUAUAGCAUUGCAUAGUCAUGAUUGGAGCCUCAUUGCAUAUGCAUGAUUGAUUGAAUCAACAGAUAUGCAUGAUUGAUUACAUCCUGCCUUUGUUCCCUUCCUCAGGUUAACUGCCAGGUGGGGUCUACGUAGCUCCCAAUCAUUUGCUCCUGUUUAAGUGUUGUUUUUAGAAAACAAAGAAACCUUGAUUGCUAGCAAAUUCCAAGAGUUAUUUUUAGGAACCAGGGAUAAAGGCCAAAUUGAAUUCUUUGUAUUACAAGUAAGCCCAUGAAAUUUCAACACCCUAAAAAAUUUCCUGUCUUAUUCUUUCCAGUCCACUCUUAUUUUUAGGCAUAUGUCCAUUUUCACCUAGUUAUAAUAAUUUACUCUUUUUCUCACCUUUUAUUAUCGUUUUAUUCUUUAAUUGCCUUUCAUUGUAUAAAAAAAUUUUAUCAGAAUACAUUCACCUUACCUUGCACGAGAUAUUUUUUAAGUAGUGAAUUUUUCUCGGCUGUACAGUGUUAAAAAAAAAAAAUCAAACUCAAAGAAAUUGAAACACAAAGUUUAUUCUGAGCAGUUAUUUUAUAUGCAUAGAAGAUCAUUCUGAUUCCAGAAAAAGUCAAAUGGCUUGAAGCUUGCUAGUCUCAAUGAAGCUUAUAAAGAGAUAAGGAGGGAAAAGAAUAGAAGGUCAGGCAUAGGCUAAUCUUGACAUGAUUGAUUGAACCCUGCCCUCCCCCUUUUACUGAGGUCAGCUGUUACCAGGUUACAAGGUGGUCCCUGGCCUUCCAUCCACCUUCAGCCAUGCCUUUUGAAAUUCAAAUUUGGUAAGCCUGGUUUACAACAAGAAAGGAAAGAUUAGCAACUCUCAAUGAAAGAAAAGCCACUGGCAGGAUUAAUUUUUUGUCAGAAAUUUCUUUACAGUGAAUAUUUGGUUUUAUGGGUAAGAACCCUAGGAUCAAAGUAAGAUGUCUGUUAUUAAUUUUCCUCUUUGACACAGUAAAAAAGUAGCAGUGCUUUAUGACUUGGAAAGUGCCUUCAUAUCCAUUGAGUUUUUUUUUUUAAUAGUGUUGGAGAGAAACGCCAGCGCUGCUUUAAUAAACAGAGAGGUUUAUUAAGGGUUUUAAAAGCAGUCUGGACUGGGAAUGACACAGCUCAUGAGGAUGAAAGCAUGAGUCUGACGCACAGUAAUUACACAGACAUUUUAUAGCAUUCAGACAAAGAACAAGGCUUACAGUGUUUUGAUUGGGUUACCUUGGUUGAGGUCAUAAGAAGGGUGGGUUAGGAGGUGGUGAAUGGGCAUCUAUUGGCUACAUGUAUACAAAUGGACUACAUGAUUGGUUAAAAAAAAACCAAACCCAGUGCCGUCGAGUCGAUUCUGACUCAUAGCGACCCUAUAGGACAGAGUAGAGCUGCCCCAUAGAGUUUCCAAGGAGUGCCUGGUGGAUUCGAACUGCCGACCCUUUGGUUAGCAGCUAUAGCACUUAACCACUACACCACCAGGGUUUCCACAUGAUUGGUUACAGGAGUAAUUUUUCCUCAAAUUGGUGUCAAGGGAUUUAUCUUCAAUCUCAUUAAUUCUAACUUCCAUUGUCUCAAUUCUGCUCCUGUGACCUUCUAUUGAGUUGUCUAAUUCUGAAAUUUUAUUGUUAAUCUUUUAGAUUUUAGUUGAAGUCUCUAUGUUUUCUAGCAGCCUGUUUAUUUUGUUGUUUCGUUCUUAUUUUGUUUUCUCAAAUUAUUCUAUUGCUUUGUGUGUUCCUUGGCUUGGUCUGAACUUUGCUUGAUCUCCUUCUUGAUCUCUGUAUAUUAGUCUUCUGAAUUCUUUCUCAGGUAGUUCUAUUGUCUUAUCUUCCUCUGGAAGGUUUCCUGGUUCUUUAUUUUGGUCACUUGCUGGAGUCAUCUUGACCUGCUUCUUUAUGUGAUUUGAUAUUGACUGUUGUCUGUGAGGCAUCAAUAAGUUAAUAUAUUUAUUUAUUGUAUGUUUACUGCAUGCUGACUUUUUGUUUUGUUUUGUUUCAGUAUGCCCAAGGAGGCUGGGUGGAUGAGCUGCUUUGGUUGUUAGCAUCUUUGAAGCUCUCAUGUCCUGUCUCUAGGUGAUUAGAGCAGCUACUAGGCACCCCUUAUAUACUAUGGCCCUCGUGUCUGCUGACUCCCGUAUUGCAGAACUUCUCACAGAGCUCCAUCAGUUGAUCAAGCAAACCCAGGAAGAGCGUUCCCGGAGCGAACACAACUUAGUGAACAUCCAGAAGACCCAUGAGCGGAUGCAGACAGAAAACAAGAUCUCUCCCUAUUACCGGACAAAGCUGCGUGGCCUCUACACAACUGCCAAGGCCGAUGCAGAGGCUGAGUGCAACAUCCUCCGGAAAGCCUUAGAUAAGAUCGCUGAGAUCAAGUCUCUGUUGGAAGAAAGGCGGAUUGCGGCCAAGAUUGCAGGCCUGUAUAAUGACUCGGAGCCGCCUCGCAAGACCAUGCGCAGAGGGGUGCUGAUGACCCUGCUGCAGCAGUCAGCCAUGACCCUGCCCCUGUGGAUUGGGAAGCCUGGAGACAAGCCCCCACCCCUCUGUGGGGCCAUUCCAGCCUCAGGGGACUAUGUGGCCAAACCUGGAGACAAGGUGGCUGCCCGGGUGAAGGCCGUAGAUGGGGAUGAGCAGUGGAUUCUGGCUGAGGUGGUCAGUUACAGCCAUGCCACCAACAAGUAUGAGGUAGAUGACAUUGAUGAAGAAGGCAAGGAGAGACACACCCUGAGCCGGCGCCGCAUCAUCCCUCUACCCCAGUGGAAGGCCAACCCUGAGACGGACCCCGAAGCCUUAUUUCAGAAGGAACAGCUUGUGCUGGCCCUGUACCCACAAACCACCUGCUUCUACCGUGCCCUGAUCCACACGCCCCCACAGCGGCCCCAGGAUGACUAUUCGGUCCUAUUUGAAGACACCUCCUAUGCAGACGGCUAUUCCCCUCCCCUCAAUGUGGCCCAGAGGUACGUGGUGGCUUGUAAGGAGCCCAAAAAAAAGUGAUGCAGGCUGGCAGACCCACAGUCUCCUGCCACCUCUGAGGGGAAGGCAACAAAAGAUUCUCUGCCAUCAAAUAAAUAUUCUUCCCCCCUUGCCUGCA